AAGCGCUGUCAGCUUUCUUUCAAAUGUUUUGGAUGUUACGUGUUACAUUUACAAGAAUGAAACCCCGCGAUUAGGCCUAAAACCAUUUGAUCUAUAAAGCUGGAGGUCCGAUGGUCAUGGUAAGGGGUUCUAUAUAGCGAUUUAGUGCUGAUUGAGGGUGUCAGCUAUUAUAAGAGAAUAGCAAGUCUGGUUUUGGUAAAGCACACUGAUGAUGGAGGAUGAAGACUUCUUGCUCGCUCUAAGUUUACAAGAAGAGUUUGAUCAAGAAGCGGCGGGUACCCGGUGGAAUGAUGAUGAAGACUAUCCGUCAAGUAAAAGGCGCAAGAUUGACUCCUCCAGUGAGCUGGAUGUUGUGCCAUUCUCUCAGAGCAGACCGGAGAGACCGCUGUCUAUCGUGGACGAGUCGUGGGAGACGCUGGACCCCAAUCCGGACGUGAGAGCCAUGUUCCUGCAGUUUAAUGACAUGUUCUUCUGGGGAAAACUGUGCGGGGUGGAGGUGAAGUGGAGUCCAAGGAUGACACUGUGUGCUGGACUGUGCUCUUAUGAGGGAAGAGGAGGCCUGUGCUCAGUAAGACUCAGUGAACCACUCUUAAAGCUCAGACCCCGUAAAGAUCUCGUCCAGACCCUUCUUCAUGAGAUGAUCCACGCUCUUCUCUUUGUCACCCAAAACAACAGAGAUCGAGAUGGCCACGGACCGGAAUUCUGCAAACACAUGAACAGAAUCAACCAAGCCAGUGGGACUAGCAUCACUAUAUAUCACUCAUUUCACGAUGAGGUUGACGUGUACAGGCAGCACUGGUGGCGAUGUAGCGGGCCCUGUCAGAAUCGCCGACCGUUCUUUGGAUACGUGAAGCGUGCGAUGAACAGACCUCCCUCGGCCAGAGACCCCUGGUGGGCCGAGCACCAGAGGACUUGUGGCGGCACAUACACCAAAAUCAAGGAGCCAGAGAAUUAUGGGAAAUCCAGCAAAACUGAUCAAAAGAAAGACAAGAAUGCUAUCAGUGAGAAAUCCAAGACGUCAAAGCCUCCCGGUAGCAGUACAGUCUCUGGCUCUCAGGCCAUCAGAAAUAUAAUGCCAUUCAGUGGGAGAGGUUUCGUUCUUGGAGGAAGUACACAGAACUCAAUGGACAAACAGCCCGGCCAGAGUCCCUUAAGCCCCACUAGAGCGCAACCUCUCGUCUCUCCUCCUAGGAACGACUCGCCAUCCCACUCGAUACCAUGGUCCAACGAGACAAACCCUUACAAAAGACUCAGUUCAGGUUCAUCAAAUGUUCUCGGCAAAAAAUCUGUCGGCAACACCAGUGCCUUCGACAACAUCAACGGCUCACCUGUGAGGAUUUCCAAAGCCAAUGGCAGUCUGAGGGCAAAGCAGAGGAUGGUGCGAGAUCUCUUUCAGUCCAAAGUCCUCAGAUCUCCAGAGAGGUCCGACACUACUGUGGAUGCUUCCAAGCUUAAAUCUAAUGGACCGGCUUCAUCCAGUACCAUUAAUAACCGUCAUUCGUCCACAAUAACCGGACCAAAGCCCGGCUCUUCCGAGAACCAUGUCUCCAAAUAUUUUGGGAACGCUGACAAUAUUAAAACUACAGUCCCAGAACUUUGUGGAAGCCCUAAAAAGUCUGAAACUAGCACGGGUUACAUUUCAAAGCACUUCGGAGGUAACCAAAGACCAGCGUUGGAUACUACGAGCUCAGGGUUAAGAAACAGUCCCCAAAAACCACGCACAACUACUUUAGGAUCCAAUUCCAAGCACUUUGGAGGCUUUCAAAAGCCUGAGGCCGGUUUUCCAAGUCCUAGAAACGCUGGCAGCCCCCAGACAUCAGGGACAUCUACAUCUGGAGCCAGGAAAAAACCACGGGAAGAGCAGAACUCGGCACAUAUUUUUGAUUACUUCCAGAGGACGGUCAGCGAAACGUCGACGGUGAAGCGCAGAGAGGAGUCGGGCGAAGCUGCUCGGCCUGACAGAGAUCAGCAAGCAGAUAGUUCUCCGGUCCAAAUCACCGUCCACUGCCCUGUGUGUCUCAGCAAAAUAUUUGAGUCUAAAAUUAAUGAACAUUUAGACGCCUGUCUUACAUGAUUACUCAAAACAAAAAAGUAUCUUUCUGAGCUGUUCCAGGCUCGUUAUUCAGGUAUAGCUUAAAAUAUUAGCUUAACCGUUUCGGUUCUUAAAAAACAAAAAAACGAUUUUAUUACGGUAAUCAAGAAAAUCUAAAAUGUUAAUUCCUGACUCGUUCUACCUCAUUCUGUUUUUAUGUAAGAGACAGUAUUCACGUUGUGGGAGGAAUGUUGGGUGUGGUCAGCCCCAGUAUGAUUGACAGUUGAGUUGUCGCUGUCCUUCUGCCCGCAGUUCGUGUUGAAUCGGCAGUACUGAAUUCCGAACGCGCUGGCUAUUCGCAUUUAGAUGUGCUUCGCUUUUGCAGAAUCAGGCUUUGCAAGGUCGCAUCUUGUUGCCAUCAGUAACACCUCUGUCAUUCUCUCCCACGGGUGGGCGGGGCUUGUGCCACCUUCUGCAUAAUAAUCUACUUUGUGCCUUGGAGACAUACGCACAUUAGAAGUUCAACCCCACCCAGAGGUGGAAAUUGGGUGUGCGGGGUUUAGGUGUAACAAUUAAGUGUCAUGUGUUGUUUUAUGGUUUGUGUUUCAACCCACCUUACAACACAAAACAUUACCUGAUGAUGUCAUGCUGUUUGUGUUACAUACACGACAUGAAGGUGUGACUAUUGGCUUGAUGCACUUAUAGACCCAAACAAAAACGGUGUCAUUGUAAAAAAUAAUGUCUGACGUUCUCCAGACAUCAGUGACUUUUAUGUAUUCGACGACAAACUGUGUGGUUUCUUAAUGAUCCUACCCUUGCACAUUUGUUGUUGGCAAGUUUAGGGACGGAUUUUAUAACUGCGUUUGAACUAAAACCGUACUUGUUUUAUAUACAGAAUUGAAACGUUUCUACGAUUAUUUUAAGAGUUAUAAAUGUUUGUGUGUUGUUUUUGUUCUGUAAGUGUUUAGUGGAUAUUCAGAGCUGUUUUAAAACUCAAAAUUGUAUUUGAUUCACAUUUAAGUGAUGUUGUCUUUGUGUACUGUUGUUAAAAUAAAUGCUGUUGAAGUAUUGUUGUAGCAAUUCUAGCCGAUUUUGUGUGAAUGAUGGUGGAGUGAUGGAGAAAAUUGUCGGGACACUUUUAUAAAAAAAUGUAUACCACGUCUUUCUUAACUGUGCAAUGGAUAAGAAUUGUAAACCAUAAUAUUUUGUGAGCUUUUUAAACUUCUUGCCAUGGCGAGAUAAAAUCAUACAUUUGAAUGUAUGUUGGGAUACAGUUAAUCUUUCAUAAAAUCAUUUGGAGCCCCUAUAAAACUUUUUCGAAUUAAAAAUUUCCAUGUUUAGGUUUUUCUUUAUAAAAUAAAGUUUUUGUCGAUGUAAUAUCAAGAUAGUUGACAGCAUACAAAACUCAUUUUGUACAGUCUGUAAAUAAGGGAUUGCACCCGUUGUGUAGAAUGACCUAGAUAUUGUUGUGGUUGGUAAAGUGUGUGCGCAUGUUGUCUUUAUAAUAGCUGCAUGUCUGAAUGCUUUGUGUCCAGCUGCAUCUGGGUGUGUGUUGUGUCACGGGGCGGAUCCUCGGUCACCAUCUGCUGUUACUGACACCUUUGUUCCCCCCCGGAAUCCGGCCCUGACCUCACCCUGAGUCAAUUCAUCUGACCAUGUGCUCUUCAGAGUUGCUAUCAGACAAAUGUGAUCUGGACUUCACCAAGAGAUCAAAACCAAACUGGACCCAGAAUACAGGCUUACAAAAAAGACUGUUUGUACUGGGGAAGAAAAUGUUUGUUUUUAAAGUGAAAGAAUGUGAACGUUUGCACAGCCAAUAGAUUGCAACAUCGCUUUGAGAAGAUAUUGCGUUAUCUUUGGUUUAACCAACUAUGAUUUUUUUAAGCGUGAAAAACAAAAAUGAAUUUCAAGUACACACGUCUAAAUAACAGCAAGAGACGUCAUAAAAAAAAUACAAAGAGAACAAAUGAGGUCAUUACCACUGUGUAACCAAUGCGCAAAAAUGUGAUAAAACUGUAGGUUGCCGCACAAUCACCGGGCUUUGGUCAGAAUAAAAGAUUCAUUCUG